AUGAAUAAGUCUCCUAACAAUGGUUUUAAGACACCAGAUAAAUCAGGAUCCAAACUAUCCUAAUACAAUGGGAAAUGUGUAUGCUAGAUUUGUACAUGUGGAAAAGACAAAUGUCCUCCCCAACAAUUGCAUGUGAAUCCAUCACAUUUCGAUACCACAAAUCGGAAGUCCUAUGUAAAGUGGGAUGUUAAGAAAACUGCCCCCAUCGUCCCUGAAUAAUAUAGAAUCAAUUAUGGAACCCAAUCGUUUGUUUCAUCCUAUUAAAGAGAUUAUACUCCAUAAAAGACUCCAGAAAGACAAACCAGAAUAACCCAAGAAACAACAAUACCCUAUCACAGACCCUUCGUCUCCUCAACAGAAUAUAAUCAAAGGUACUAACCAUAUCAAACAUUACCAAUAUCACUUAAACCUAAGUAUUAUUAUUAAGAAAACCCAAAUAAAAUUUAAGCUAGUACUACAUAUAGCGAAAAUUUUAGAGCACAGCCAAUAUCAAAUCAACAUUAAAUUAAAUAACACGACACUUCCUUCACCCCUACUAAAAUUUAAUUUAAUUCUAAUUCGAAAUAUUAAGAAGAUUAUACAGCCUAAAAAGGAAACAGACCAGCUCCAAUUAAACAUAAUAAUUAAUCUCCUUUUGGAGGAGUCAACAUGGAAAAGCUAUCUUCCUACCAAAAAGAUUACUAGCGACUAGAUGACAGUACUUAUAAAAAGCCUGAAUGUCCAAUUAGAAUGCUUCCAGUUCCAGAUAGAAAUAAGAGUCCAAAUAAACAUUUAAUGUUUAGUGCUUAGAAAAAUGAUUGGGAAUGA